UAGACGCGCGGGGCAGCGGAUUCCCAUCACAACCAAAAUGGCGACCUAACGCGGACACCCGGCUUGCGACGGUAACUGACAGGAAAGACGCUUUGGGACCGGACCACAAACGGUUACUUGUACGGGUAAUUGUGAUGAAACACACAAACAUGUCUGCCACAUAAAUAUAACAGCACCGGUGUAUAUGACACCAGAUGACGCCGCAACAGAAGGACUAAAAACACCGUUUUCAAGUGGGGGCACCUAGCGGGAAUGGGAAAUGGAGGACAAAGGCCCUCGAGUAGCUGACUACUUUGUGGUGGCGGGACUAACGGAUCCAUCUAAGCCUUUGGACCGGGAAAUUCACUUUGACGAUGCCUGCCACAAAACUGCCAAGCCAAAGGCACCCAUCACUGAUGUGGCCGUGGUGAUCCGCUCGAUGGGUGAUGAGGUUCCCCCAGGGUUCACAUGCAUUGAAACCACACCAAACGGACAUUCAGCUGAUCUCAAUAAUGGAGGGCUCAUGACACCUCAGAUCUUCUUGUGCUAUAGGCGAGGUUGUGACAAGCCACCACUCACUGACUUAAGUGUCCUUUAUGAGUGGAAGGAGCGACUGAAGCAGGGCUGCCAACUUAUCCAGACCACACCCUCUGGUCGCCCAGCCAACAUCAGUGGAAACUCCUCCCAGCGUAUUUAUGUCACUUACCAACGGGCACCUGAGAGCCAACCACAUUCUGCUCUGGCUGUCACUGACAUCUGUAUCAUUGUCCCAAGCAAAGGAGAAGCCCCUCCCCACACCUUCUGCAAGGUGGACAAGAAUCUCAACAGCAGUAUGUGGGGAUCCUCUGUGUACUUGUGUUAUAAAAAGUCUGUGACCAAAACCAACUCCAUAGCAUAUAAAGCAGGACUAUUCUGCAGAUAUCCCAUAGAGAACUAUGAGUCUUUCCCACUGCCCGAAUCUGUUCCUCUCUUCUGCCUUCCCAUUGGGGCCACAAUUGAGUGUUGGCCAGUCAACACCACAUACCCCCUGCCUGUUUUCUCUACUUUUGUCCUAACUGGAGCCUCUGGAGAGAAGGUGUACGGUGCUGCCAUACAGUUUUAUGAGCUCUACCCACAAGAGUGUCUGACUGAUCAACAGUGCUCCCAGCUGGGCCUUCUUAACUCAGAUCCCCAUAAAUCCUACCCCUGCAACAGCCCAGCUGAUGUCACAAACAACACAACUUCCACCACCUGCUCCGUUUACACCAACAAAUGCAUCUGCCUGCUUUCUCACUGGCCCUUCUUCGAUGCUUUUCGCAAGUUCCUCACCUUCCUGUAUCGCUAUUCCAUUUCUGGCCCGCAUGCCCUACCCAUUGAAAAGCACAUUUCUCAUUUCAUGCACAAAGUUCCUUUCCCUUCCUCUCAGAGGCCUCGCAUCCUGGUGCAGCUUUCCCCUCAUGACAGCCUUAUGUUGAGCCAGCCAGUGUCGUCUCCUUUACCACUCAGUGGUGGACGAUUUUCCACGUUGCUGCAGAAUCUUGGACCAGUGAAUGCUGUCACCCUUCUGGUGUUUGCUGUCACUGAACAGAAGAUUCUAGUUCAUUCAUUACGACCUGCCGUACUUACCAGCGUUACCGAAGCUUUGGUAUCUAUGAUCUUCCCCUUCCACUGGCCCUGUCCAUAUAUUCCUCUGUGCCCACUGGCGCUGGCUGAUGUGUUGAGUGCCCCAUGCCCAUUCAUUGUAGGAGUGGACUCUCGCUACUUUGAACUUUAUGACCCUCCACCAGACGUGAGCUGCGUAGACCUGGACACAAACACCAUAUUCCAUAAUGAAGAUAAGCGAGCCCUCACAUGGAAGAUCUUACCAAAGAAAGCUUGUAAAAUCUUAAUGAAUGUGCUGAACACGCUAUACCAGCAACUUGUUGAUGGUCAGCACCAGUCUGACACUUUGCCUGAGUUGACCAUCAGUGAUGUAUCAGAGUUGAGCUGUGGGAAGAGUCUCAAUACUGUGAAUCUGGAGAUCCAGGAAGCCUUUUUGCGCUUCAUGGCAGCCAUUUUAAAAGGCUACCGUUCCUUUCUGAGACCUAUUACCCAGGCACCAUCUGAGAAAGCAACAGAUGCCAGCUCACUUUUUGACUUGCAAGGGUUCUUGAAGAGUCGUGACCGCUCCCACCAAAAAUUCUACUCAAUGAUGACCAAAACCCAGAUGUUUAUCCAUUUUAUUGAGGAGUGCUCUUUUGUUAGCGACAAAGACGCUAGUCUGGCCUUCUUCGACGAUUGUGUGGAAAAAUUGUACUGCUCAGAGCGGAGUGCUGAAAAAGGGAGCAAGGUAGAUGGUGAUAGGCCAGAUGAAGCAAGGUUUAUAGAGACUGAUGUCCAUCGUAGUGAGCACACAGUCUUCAUCACACCUCCAGAGUUGCCCCUUCUGCCUGAUGGGGAAGCGUAUCCCUUAUGCUACAGGUAUGAUGUCUUCCCAGUGUUGAGUUUGGACUUGUUUGACCCAGUGGAGGGCCUUCAAACACCUUCCUCUCGCCUCAACGCCAGGCAUAGCUGCCCUACCAGCCCCGCCCCAAUGUUUAGGCGUAGCAAACAGGAGAUUAAAUCAGCCCAGAAAAUAGCCAAAAAAUACUCAUCCAUCCCCCAGCUAUGGUCCAUGUGCUUGCUGCGCCAUUGUUAUGGCCUCUGGUUUAUCUGUCUACCAGCAUAUGUGAAGGUUUGCCAUUCUAAAGUGCGAGCACUUCGUACUGCCUAUGAUGUCCUUCGUAAGAUGCAGGUCAAGAAGCUGCAACCACCUGAUGAGGUGUGUUACAGAGUGCUAAUGCAGCUUUGUGGACAGUAUGGUCAGCCGGUCCUUGCAGUCAGGGUCCUAUUUGAAAUGAAGAAAGCUGGAGUCCACCCAAAUGCAAUUACAUAUGGCUACUACAAUAAGGCAGUGCUGGAAAGCACUUGGCCGACCAGCACCAGAGGGGGAUACUUUCUUUGGAUGAAGCUGAGAAAUGUGGUUUUGGGUGUGGCUCAGUUUAAACGGUCACUGCGAAAACAUGCCCCUCUCACUCAGAGCCUGCUGUCAGACUGCAACGACCUGGACGUUGAUAGUCAUGGCAGCCUGGACAGCACAGCUGACGUCACCCUAACAGAGCAGGGUAGAGCAGCAGAUAUCACUGAUGAUGGAUCUAGCACAGGACAUCAGUCAGAUUUGGGUUAUAAUUCACUGUCCAAAGAGGAGGUUCGCAGGGGAGACGUCUGUGCACAGAACUCUAUCCAAGACAAGAUUGAUAAGGAAGAGAGUGACUGCAGCUCCUUAUCAGAAACGGAGAGCAUCAAGGGAAGUAAAGACUUUCUACCUCAGUUGGACAUGGAGGUCAAUUCUUCCUUCCAUCCUCAUGGCAUUGUGUGCAGCAGCUCCCGCUAUGACAAUUCAAAAUGCCGAGCUAAGACAUCUGCAAGUGCAGACCACGUUGCAGGUCUUCUCUUCACCUCUUCUCUGGAAGAGAUUGGUGAGAUCCAAACCAAUAUCUUGCUCAGGAAACACAAAAGUACCCUGGAAGAAGUGGUUGGCAGUGCCAACAGUGACUCGACUUUGGGUUGGCGGCUACGUGGUGACAAAGUCUGUGGGAGUGGCACUACUGUUCUUGGUCUGGGUAUGAGCCAGGGAGAAACUGACCCUGAUAAAAUUGCAGGACAUCUUGGCGCUGAUGCGAAAAUUCUCUGUAAUUCCAACUUUGGUAAGAGCAAGAGGCCUCGCUCACUGGCUCUGUGUGGGUUAGAGGAGGCUUCUGUUAGCAGAUGUGGUAAAGAUGGAGAUGAGCCGGAGAUGCAGAUUUCCAGUGAUGAAGACACAAACAAUCUAGAGGCUAUUUUUGAUUUGGAGGAUUUGGAUUUGGACAAGACUACCGCAAGUGAAGGAAUUACUUCUCACAAAACCUGCAAAUCUCGCAAAAAUCCUAUUGAACGCAGCACAAGCUAUUGUGGUGUGAGCCCUUUGACAUCAAGACGAAGAGUGAAGCGCACAGGCAUUGAGACUGGCUAUGAUCCUCUCUCCUUGCUUUCAGCAGAGUCUCAUUCAGUGCAGCAAAAGGAGGAUCCAUGUCCAGAGGAGAUGGACGCCAGCACACCCAUUGCCAACAGGAAUUUGGCAAGGGAGAUUGAGCUGUACAUGAAGCACAUUGGAAGCCCACUGAGUAGCCGAACACCAAGUAGGGACCUCCAGGACCCAUCCAGCCCGCUCAUCUUUCACCGCUCCUCGCCUCGUAGCGCUAGCUUACCCAAGAGCUCUGUCCUCAGGACUACGGGAGUGCCACAGUCUUGCACCUACCACCCUCCCUCGCCCUCUAAAUCCAUCACACAUCAGCGUAUGUGGUCGUCGCCAACUUGUCACAGCGCAAGCACCACCCCUAGCCCUUGUCCCAGCCCGCACCCCAGCCCGCACCGGGAUAAGACAAGCCAGAUGCACAUUGCAGCCCCUUCACCAUCCUCAUCUUUUGUUCUUGACACACUACUAACACCAACACUGGAUGUUUUCAAGACCAGCAUGUUCUCUGCAAGCAAAGGCGUGGCAGAGAAGGCUAGUCGUUGGUACUCACGUCUAUCCACGUACGCUACACCAACCAAGGACACUCAGAGUGACCAACCAAAUGUCUCCAUGCUUGAUGUUGAGGAUCCAGAUAGCUUCUCUGUGAAAGAUGAGGAACAAUCAAACUAUUCUACAGUCUCCCCAAAAAAGAAUGGCCCUGUUGGUCCAACGGGAUCUCGAAAGAGCCCAAGACGUAGCCCCUUCCACAGCAGACUUUUGAACAGUCCCACUGCAGACUCCAGCCUCAGAAGACCCACAUCGCUGCUCUCUGGUUGUGGCCACCUCUCACCUCCUGGCUUCCUUCUGUCCGACAAGUCAGACUUAGGGUCCUCACGCUACACUAGCAACACCAGCAUCUUCAAUAACUGUGCAAUGGAGCUGUUAAUCUCAAGCUGUUCACGCUGUAAGACAUGUGACUGUCUGGUCUACGAUGAAGAAAUCAUGGCCGGCUGGACGGCGGAUGACUCUAAUCUAAACACUACGUGCCCCUUCUGUGGAAACCCCUUCCUGCCUUUUCUUAAUGUGGAGAUCAGGGACAUGAGAGGAACCGGCAGGCUGUUCCUAAAGGAAAGUCUGUCCGUGGAUGAGGCGCUGAGCUCAUCAUAUUCUACCUCAACAGGCUUUGACACAGGGACAUCCACCUUAUCCACCCCCUGUCCCACCACAGCCAUCUCCCCUCCUUCUCCUGUGAUAGCCGUCCAUGAUUGUUCAAUGAGACCGAGAACUCGAUCCACAACAUCGCACGGUUUCAACAUCCCUACAGAGCGGCGACAAGGGGCUCUAUCUUUGGCAGCUCCCAUAGCACGAAGUGUUAGUGCCUUUGGCCCCCUGGAGGAAACUUCUCAGUGCAACCGCUUGUUGCCAAUCUCUGGCAGCCUACCCAGCCGGCUUAAUGAACCCACUGAUCCGCUGAGUAUGGAAUGGCGUCUCCACAACCCUGAGCCAGUGACAGUUCCCUACUUGAGCCCACUGGUGUUGUGGAAGGAGCUGGAAAGCCUGCUGGAGAAUGAGGGAGACACAGUAAUUACAGAGUCUGACAUGGUGGACCACCAUCCUAUUAUCUACUGGAACUUGGUCUGGUACUUCAGGCGGCUGGGCCUACCAAGCAACCUGCCUGGACUCAUCCUAACCUCUGAGCACUGUAACACAGACUCCCAGGUUCCCCGUCAGUGGAUGUCAGAGGACAGUAAACACGUGUUGAUCCAGAUCCUGUGGGACAACCUAAAGCUGCAACAGGAUCCUGUUCAACCUUUUUACAUUCUGUGGAACACAUACAAUGUGGGCUACCCUGUGUCUCGAACCGUCCCAAAAGAAGAGAAGCCCUUCUCUGAGGAUCUGCUGCAGAGUGUCGUGAGGAGCAUCCAGAGGAAUGAUGUUAGCCGACCAAUGGCUCAUCUGCUGGAGAUACAGGCUCAGACAUUUGGACACAAAAGGCAAAGGAGUUUGUACAGAGACCUGCUCUUUCUCUCACUGGUGGCUCUGGGAAAAGACAACAUUGAUAUCGAUGCCUUUGACCGGGAGUACAAGCUAGCAUACAACCGCCUGUCACCCAGACUGGUAAAGCUGACCCGUAACUGUGACCGCCCUCCCAGCACGGGCGUCAUGGAGUGUCGCAGGACAUUUGGGGAGCCUUACCUGUAAAACUGCAGGUUAUGUUCACCCUCUGGCAGGCGCAUUGAGAGCUCAGGAAAGCGGGCAGCGCUGACUCAGCAUCGUUACAACCAUCAUGUAGCCCAACGUCUUCAUUUGAAUGUCUCCGACUCCUCAAAAAGGCUGUAACUUACGAGAGAAAGGUAUUUUUAAGACAACAUUUUAAAAGAAAAGACGGCAUGUUAGGGUUAUUUUUAUCCAUGCAAAGUAAGCUUUAUUAAUAAUAAUGUCACUUUUAAUCAGGGUUCGUUUCCACUAUUGAAUGUCAGCAGAGGUCAACAUUUGAUCUUGUUUUGUAUUUUUAAAGUGUUUUUACUCAUAUCAGUAUUAACCAUUUAAAAGCACCCGACCCCUUUACUUUUGUGUUACUAUGGUAACUGCUGGUAAGAAUGUCAGCUAAAAGUGCAACCAAACACAUUUUCAUGAAACAAAACAUUAAUAUGCUAAGCAAUUAUCAUUCCUCUCUUGUUAAAACUCACUGAACAAUCUUUGUAUUUUUAUUUUAUUCAGUAGCAAAGCUUUUGAUACCAACAUCAUUCAAGUAGACCAGGGGUCUCAAACUUUAUUUACCUCAAGGCGGCCAAAGGUAACUCUAGGUCAUGCUUUAAUUUUUUAUAUAAGAGUCCAGUUUGAACCAAAUGACUAAAUUAGUCAACACCUAUGGUGACACUGCCCAUGUUGACAAAGCACCCGUGUAAAACGUAAUGAACAAACACAGAAACAUUUUUCUUUGGCAGACAUCAGAGCUGCAGUUGUUCUCAGCUCAGAGAGCUUAUGAGAGAGAGGGGGCCAUGAAGGCAAACCAUGAACUAGGAUGCCCACAUAAGUAUGUCCAGUUAAAAGGCAUACAAAACCGCAUCCCAAGCUCAAGCCAAAAUGCAUGGACCUUAUUAUUUGACGCGUAGGCAUCUCAUACUCUUAACAUGUAUUCUCAGGGCAUGCAAUCAAUUGAAACUGGACUUUUUGGUGUGUUUUAGAAGACGUUUCACCUCUCAUCCGAGUAAGUGUCAUCAGUUUAUGCUCAUCGACAUAGAUUGAUCAGAUCUAGUCUGUAAUUUAGUUCUGACUAAAUCUGAGACAAACCAAACAGUCUAGCUGCGAUGGAUUGAAGGCCCUGAGAAUAAUGAUCUGGAUGAAUGAAAACAUCCAUAGACAUUUUAACAUGUACUUUGAGCAACUACAUGUGAAACUCAAAACACUUAAUUAUUGUGUAAAGGUUUGCUUAUUCCAGCAAUUAGAUCUACAAAGUGAAACUAAAAUUUGACAUUGUCUCAUAACAUGCAACUCAAGAUUGUCACGCCUUCUUUUGAUGUAAUUUUGAUGAUUAUGGUUUACAUCUUAUGAAAAUCUCAGAAAAUUUGAAUAUUACAUAAAAUUAAUAGAAAGUGGAUUUUAAAUCAGAGAAAUAUUGGCCCUUUCAAAAGUUUAAUCUUAGUACUUUGUUUGGGUCUUUUGCAUAAUUUACUGCCUUAAUGCGGCCUGGCAUGGAUGCUUGCAAUAGCGGCCUUCAGCUGAGCUGCAUUGUUCGUUCUCAUGUCUUUCAUCUUUCUCUCGGCAAUGCCCCAUAAAUUCUCUAUGGGGUUCAGUUCCGGCUCCCUUUCCCUCUCCCUUAUCUCUCCUGCUUGCUUCUUUGUUUAGUCUUGUUUUACCUUUCUUAUUGCCUCUUUUUGCACUGCUCUCCAAAUCUUAACAAUGGAACUAAUUAACUGACCUCUCAACAAAAUUGACAAGAUCUUGGGUUUGGGGGAACCGGCCUGUCUUGACGGAGCGGUUGUUGCUGGACACACGACGGACUCUUGGGAGAAGAAGGAGUGCCGCGUGCCUGGCGACCCUUUCAGUGGAGGACGUUGAAGAUAUCCACCUAUUUGGAUUUGAUUGGAGUAAGCGUUGCUCUGGUUUGUCGACAAAUUGGAAGAUGCCAGCAGCAUUCAAAGUACCCCAAAGCUGACAUAAAUGAUUGGAGGAUGCGGGCAGAACUGUGGACACUCUUGUGAUUUGGAUAACAUCGGAUUGUCUGACCUGCAGGAUGAAUUUGGAGACCAGUAAUUGACAAUUUAGAGUGAAAAGCACAUUUUAUCUUCGCUCGCAAACAAAACAUUCUAACUUGGAUUGUUUCCCUAGCUUUGAGACUCUCCCAAAAGACAGUGCGGUGAAGACACAACAAACUCCUUUCUUGUCUCUCAUGGACACACACCUGUUGUUGUUGACUGUGGACUGACUGGUGGUUGCGAGAGCACCAGGGUCGUGGAACAGAGACACGCUGCAAGCUUACACACACACCAUCCACAAAAAAUACACGCAACACACAUACCCCACCGCCCAUCCCAUGUGGUAUGAUGAACGAAGCAGGGCCCGUAGUGGCUAGCAGCUUCUGGCCGGAUGCCCGCCCCCUCACCCCUCUGUUGCAAGUCUUGAGUUGUAUGUUGUAAUAUGUACAUGUGCUUUGCUAUGGUGUUUUUUUCCCACUCCAAACUGGGCCACCUUAGAAUUAAUUUUUUUUGCUCGUCCUCCCCCAGCGUCCACCUUUUUCCUACCUUUUACGGGGCGCCUUUUGGCAACCCAUCAGCGUUUCUGUUCUGUAACUCUGUACAACUUUUGUUAGUCUAAUCUUGAACGGGUUUGUGCUGAAAACACAAUUUCGUUCUACUUGUGCAAUGACAAUAAAGAUCCAUCCGUCCAGUUUGCUGGCCAAUCAAGCACAGUUAUGCGAUAGUCAAUAACCAGGUUUUGAUAUGUUUGGCAGUGUCCUUUUUCUCUCUUGGCUCUAGGCAAGAGCGGUCACACUCCCUACCCUCUCUGUAUCUGGCCUGCUUGCCUCUGUCUUAACUUUCAUGUAGUCUCUUUUUGCACUGCUCUCGAAGAGUUGAAUAAUGGAAUUGAUCAACUCUCCUCUCAACGAAAUUACAAUAUUUUGGGUUCGGGGGAACUUGCCUGUCCUGUCAGAAUGAUUGUUGCUGGACACAUGACGAACUCUUGCGUGCCUGGCUACCCGUUUAGUUGAGGACUUUGAAGAUAUCUAGCUAUUCGGAAUCAUGUUAACAGGACGUAGGUUUAUUGUAGUUAGCGUUGCCCUGGUGUAUCGACAAUUUGGAAGAUGCUGGCGGUCGUUCACCGUACCCCAAAGCUGCCACAAAUGAUUGGAUGGAAAAUGCGAGCAGAGCGUGGACCCUGAUCCUGCCACAGAUUCUCAAACAAGUUUAGGUCUAACUUUGACUGGGCCAUUCUAACACAUUAAUAGGUUUUGUUUUAAACCAUUCCAUUGUAGUCCUGGCGUUAUGAUUAGGGUCGUUGUCCUGUUGGAAGGUGAACCUCCACCCAAGUCUCAAUCGCUGCAGUUCGUCCAGAGCCACCAUGGCCUCUUGGCUGCAUUUCUGAUCAGUGCUCUCCUUGUUCAACUUGUAAGUUUAGGUUUACAGUUGUUUCAUACUUUUUACGUUUCCAGAUGAUCCAUUUAAUAGUGCUCUGUGAAAAGUUCAACGCUUGGGAAAUGUAUACCGUAUUUUUCGGACUAUAAGUCGCUCCGGAGUAUAAGUCGCACCGGCCGAAAAUGCAUAAUAAAGAAGGAAAAAAACAUAUAUAAGUCGCAUUUUUGGGGGAAAUGUAUUUGAUAAAACCCAACACCAAGAAUAGACGUUUGAAAGGCAAUUUUAAAUAAAGAAUAGUGAACAACAGGCUGAAUAAGUGUACGUUAUAUGAGGCAUAAAUAACCAACUGGGAACGUGCCUGGUAUGUUAACGUAACAUAUUAUGGUAAGAGUCAUUCAAAUAACUAUAACAUAGAACAUGCUGUACGUUUACCAAACAAUCUGUCACUCCUAAUCGCUAAAUCCCAUGAAAUCUUAUACGUCUAGUCUCUUACGUGAUUGAGCUAAAUAAUAUUAUUUGAUAUUUUACGGUAAUGUGUUAAUAAUUUCACACAUAAGUCGCUCCUGAGUAUAAGUCGCACCCCCGGCCAAACUAUGAAAAAAACUGCGACUUAUAGUCCGAAAAAUACGGUAGUUUAAGCCUGCUUUAAACUUCUCCACAACUUUAUCCCUGACUUGUCUGGUGUGUUCCUUGGACUUCAUAAUGCUUUCAACCAACGUCUCAGGCUGUAUUUGUACUGAGAUUAAAUUACACUAUUACAUUAUUCUUCCAACUUCACAAUUGUAUACCACUUUUUGUUGGUCUUUUACAUACAAUUCCAAUAAAAUAUUUUUAUGUUUGUGGUUGUAAUGUGCCAAAAUAUGGAAAAGUUCAAAGGGUAUGAAUACUUCUGGAAGCCACUGUAAAGACUCAGGAACCCUUCCAGGGGUUUUGGAAUAAUAAGCCUGAUGAGCGGGUGACAUUUGGAGCCUACAGUAUUGAACCUUUUCACAAUAUUCACAUUUUUUGAGAGUUAGAAGUUUGGGAUUUUCAAAAAUUAUAAGCCAUGAGCGUUAAGAUUUUAAAUUAAUAAAGAAAGGCUUGAAAUAUCUCACUUUGCAUAUAAUAAGUUUAUACCACAUUAUCGGUUUCACAUUUGAAGUUGAAUUGCUGACAUCAAUGAACCUUUGCACGAUAUUGAAAUAUUUUGAAUAUUUAUUUACAAAAAGUUGCUACAAAGCAUGCUGGGAUGCGGAAUCACUCCCGUCUUUAAGAGUGCCAGUCAGGUGUUUAGUUAACUUAGUUUAUUAUUCUUCAUAGUCGUCGUCCUAUGUACGUUUGUCGUGCUGUUUACUCUGCGAUUGAAGUUAGUGUUGUGGGGACAACAUAUUUAAGAUUGGCCAUAAUUACACUAAACUAUGAAUUUAAUAUGGAGCCACAAUUUAGGUCCUGUGGGGGCCACAAGUUUGAGACCCCUGAUGUAGCCCAUGUACAUGCAGAUAUCAGUAUUUUAAAACUAAAGCAGCAAUAUAAGGUCAACAAAUAAAACUUGACUAAUUUAUGUGGGAAAUGUAUAUGAAAUGAGAUAUUUCCUUUGUCUUUCCUGUACAGUACAUGUUAUGUUUACACUUCAAUGUAAGGGAACGAGUUACAUAGCAUCACCAUCUGGUUACAUUGUGUUUAUCUCUAUCAUCCUUUUUGAAUUGUUGUUUGUUGUGCGUUAGAUCACAGAUUGUGUUUUUGAAGUGCACAUGACAGAUACAAGCUGGUACUGAACAUCAACACGCAUUCCUCUCAUUGUCUUGGGUGAGAUGUGUGUUCAAUCAUGGGGUCUCAUUCAUUAACCUGUGCAUAGAAAAGGUUUGAAACUCUUUAUAGGACUGAAACUGGGGGGGGGAAUUUAUUUUUCAAAUACGUGGGCUCAUGUUAAGGCUCGUAUACGUUCAAGUCAAGAAGGCCUCCAUUUGACCAUGUAUGGCAGCAACAAUCCCUUACAAAAGCAGUGUUGCAAAAUUAACGAAACACAACCUACGAACUUAACCCACGAAUACGAUGCGAACAAGCAGAUGUACCUCAAAUCUGUAUGAUCCUCUCUCAUUGGAAUGGCAGCAGGGGUUCCUGCAGAGGUUGUGUAGCAACCAUGGUUGUGAUUGACUUUUCAGUUUUAUGUUGAAGUACUGGACAGACGCAGCCAUCGCUACUUGUAGUUUCACUCUCCUACCAGGUUUUGUGCAUACACAUGAUUAGGGUUGUAUACUGAGUACUGGUAUUUUUUGGUACCAUUUCCUAAUUAGUUCGGUUUAAGAGAACCAACUAAUGACAGCUAUCGUUUUUUUUAUGGCGCGAGCAAUGCAUAAAAAAAAGACACGGGCUGGAUCUGAUAGAACUAUAUCAUCGGGAUCGUGAUGAGUUUCAGAUCGAUCACGGUGCCAACAGAAGGCGGCCUUUUACCGCCCUACUUCUGGGUAUGAAGUACACAGAAGUGAAGAGAAUAAUUGCUACGAACAGAUUGACCAAACUUGGAGCCAUAACUUGCAGUUUUCUAGGGCGCUAUGAUUUACGCAUUUUUGGAAUUGCGGAUGGAAUCAAUGUUUGCUAAUAACAGAAUCUAAAUGCAAAAAGUUGCAGAAAUUGGCUUAAUGUGACCAAGAUGCUGUCACUGAGAGGAAAAGGGGUCAUGUUUAUGGGCCGUGUACUUGACAAACACUCACCUCCAUAGAACCUGGCCAGCCAGGGGCCAGCACUCCAGCCUGCAGCGCUGCACCCUUCUCAGGCCAUCUCUGUGCCUGCCUCUGGUCACACAUCAUCACCUCAAACUACAAAACAAACUCCAAAAUACAGAGCCCAACAGUUCUCAAAUGACUUCUAUGUGGUGGUAUGUUACUUUUGCAAAUUUGAUGAAUACUUGCCGUCCUAAAGCUGUGUGGAAAACACCCUGCUACUACUGCCAAUACUUAGAAGUUGUGGACGCCACAACCGAUCUUCAUUGGUAAGUUCAUGAUAACUUGACUGCAUCUAAUACUACAGUUGGACCACCAGUGUUGAAAUAAGAACUGAUGCAUCUUUGUGUGUGCUUUCUUUUAUUUGAAAGCAUGUAAACUCAAAUGUAUUGAUACAUUGUUAUUGUGUUUUUUAAUGUAUUUAUGUUUAUUGACUCAGAAUGUUAACAUGUUGAACAAAUUCCUAAUUUAUUUGUUUUUAGUACAGAUGCUUUAAAACUGGCAAGUACAAAUACAUCGUAACAUUUUUAUUUUUUUUAUCGAGAUAGAAUUAAAAAUAACCGUGAUUCUUUCUUAUUUUUUCCAUAUCUCUGAGCCCUAGGAUGUGAUAAUCAGCUUGGAAUAAUCACAAUAAGGAAGCAACACCACACAAGUUUGUAACACAACAAGAUUUCCUCCUCAAGAUACCCUCAGCUUCAUCAACCGUCCUUGUAGCGAUCCAUUAACCCACAGGCCAAUAUUAAUCCACUCAAAAAAGUGAAAAUAAAGUAAUAUAAUAAUCCAUUAAAUUGCCUUGCAGCAAAAUAGCAUCCGCUGACAGAUCUCAAGUCGCCGUCUGACAUCACUCUAUAUCGCGCCGCGUUUGCGUGGCAUCAAAACACCUUGUUUAAAUGCACACCUGCCUAUCACGCUAAUUGAUUGUAUUGAUUUAUAUGAUAUAUUUUAUAUAAUAUAUCAUGUAAAAGGUCUGUGCUCUGCACGUGAAUGCUAUACAUAAAUAGUAUUUCCAGCUAAAUGUAUUUGUAAUAGAAACACAUUGAUGGAUCAUUAAACAUAGUUGACUUAAGACCUAAAAAGCAUGUAUUGAUAAGACUUUCCUGCUGUGAGAUGUUACAUGAUGUUGGUGGUGUACAACCUCAUGUGCUAGUAGAAAUGGUAAUCAAACCAUUUUUUUCAUAUCUUUAUUUUCAGCAAUUACAUACAGCACCGAAAAGCGUACCGAUGAAUACCGAUAUUGAUGAAUUCGUAAUGAUACACAUCCCUAUGCAUGAUAAGAGGAAUGUUUGAAUGUACACGCACAUACACGUUGAUAAAUGCCAUCCAUAGCAUGAGAUUGUUCUUCUUGGGUUCACAGUGUUGAUAAAUGAGACCUCUGAUCUCUCUGGAAAUAUCCAUCCAGAAGUACCUCCAUUGUCAUGGAGCUGUAAAAGUGACCUUUGGGUCAAAUAUAAGCGUGACAACCCAUGUAUUUUUGUUUCUGGGUGAUGAUUGUUAAGGAAAAAACAAGUACUUUGUGGUAUGUGUUGUUAAAGUUCAGGAUGCUGCUGCACUUUGUCCCAUAACAAAUUUGAACUGAUUUGACUUGAAAUGACUUCUUGUGUGGAACAGCUUUGGAAAGCUGACUUGUAAAGAAAAAAAUUAUAAAUGAAUGACUGCACAUUCUGUAUAUUUACAUUUAAUUAAUUGGUUUCCUUGUAAAAAAAAAAAAAAAAUACAUAUAUUAGUUCCUACUAAAGCUGUUUAAAUGCAUGAUUCUGUAAAGACUGGGUUGUUUGUAUUUACAUUAAAAAAAAAUCCUAAAUAUAUCAUUGGUUUGUCUUCACUUGACCUACCUGAAAAGACAAAAAGUGCAGAAGUUUCUUUUCUACUAAUACAAAAGCUGAACAUUGACAGUUCCUCUCAGAGCCAAUAAAAAAAUAUUUAUUGCAGAAUGGAAUGGUUAUAAAUAGUACACUUGCAUCCACAUACGUUCAUAUAACACAACACCAAAGAAAAUCAUUUCUCUCCACCAUUGUCACAUUAAAUCAACGACACAGAAUUAUCCACAUAAACAUAGUUAUAUAGUACUUGCUAGUGAUGAGUAAAUGAUGCUGUAAAUGAUGUUUGGUGGUGGUUGGAGAGGCCAUAGGUGCAAUUUGGCAGCCAUGUUUUCAUUAGUCUACCCCAGGAUAGCUGUGGCUAAAAUGUAGCUUACCACCACCAUAGUGUGAAUGAAUGGUGGCUUUAAGUCACGAGAAGAAAGCACUAUAUCAAUCUAAUCCAUUAAUAGGCUUAGUGGCCACAUGCGUGGACAGCACCUUUUAGCUCUUAUUUCCAAAAUUGUGUACACUACUGAAUUGGGGUCUUAUGUUCGCUUAUGUGGACACUUAUACUGCCAUCUGGUGG